CAAACCACACUAUCUUGCACUUUCGUUGGUAUUAUUUUUUCGAUCUAAAAUAAUGUCAGCGAGCAAUUUAUCACAACUAUUUCCUCUACAUUGGCAUGUGUGGUCAAAUAAUUAUGUAGAGUUAGAUAAGGAACUCCUAAAAGGACAGAACAAUUUGGAGGCUUUGGAUCCGAGAGGGAGGACCCCUUUAAUGUUAGCAGUGGUUCUAGGUCAUUUAGAAUCAACUAGAUUGUUACUAAAAUUUGGAGCAGACGCAACAUUUCAAGAUAAGAAAUACUGGUCAGUUGUUCACGAGGCAACAAGUACAGGAGAUCCUGAGCUUGUGGCUUUAAUAUUACAACAUAGAGAUGCUCAGCGAGAGAAAAAGAAAACCCAGAAUAUUCCUUGUUUGUUAAAAAUAUUAAAAGAGUCGCCAGACUUUUAUGUAGAAAUGAAAUGGGAAUUCUCUAGUUGGGUUCCACUUAUAUCACGUGUGUGCCCAAGUGACACGUAUCGAGUAUGGAAGUCUGGUGCACAAGUUCGUAUUGAUACAACUCUGAUUGGUUUCGAUAAUAUGAAGUGGAUUCGAGGAAACAGAUCCUGUGUAUUUAAAGCUACCGAAAAUGGUGCUGAAGUACUAGAAAUUGAUCAUGACACCAGAACAACUCGUAGAGAAAUGUUAGAUUUGCAACCUGUACCUGACCAAAUACUUCAACCAACAGAAGAUGCUGUUGCUGUUCGACUAACGUCUCCUAUUGCCACAACGUUUAUUGACGUAGAUAGAAUAUCUUUUGAAAGGAGUAAAAGCGGUAUCUGGGGCUGGAGAAGCGACAGAUCUGAAACUCUAAAUGGACUAGAAUGUAAAGUUUUCAGUGCAUCUAAUGUUGAAAUUAUAACUCAAAGUCGUUCUGAACAUUUAACCGAGUUGGAUAAAAAGCAAAGUAAAUCACAAAAUCAAAGAACCAUUCUUGACUCUUUAUUGAGCACAGUCGAAACCCAGAAAGCCGCAAAUAAUAGUCAAUAUACCUGCGAGACUUCAAGCACCCAAAAUAACCCAUGUAAUAUUACACCAGAAGAGUACUUCAAUGAUAGAAUCGAUUUACAAGGUAGAGAUAUUGGUAGACCAAAAGAGACCAGUACAAAAACACAAAGAUUUAAAGCUACUUUGUGGUUAUCUGAAGAAUUUCCUUUAAAUUUACAAGAACAAGUCCAACCGAUAAUCGAUUUGAUGGCUGUCUCAAACGCACACUUUCAAAAGCUCAAAGACUUUAUAACGUUACAAUUGCCAUCUGGUUUUCCCGUUAAAAUCGAAAUCCCCCUUUUUCAUGUGAUAAAUGCGCGAAUAACCUUUGACAAUAUUUACUCUUUAAAAAAUCCUGUUGAAAACGUACAUUCCUACCAAGACGGUACCGUUUCCAGGUGCACUAUCGAUGAUGAAGUUUUUGAUGUAGGAAGCAAUUAUAAGAUCCUACAAUCAGGUAUUAUGAAUCCUCGUUUUCAUGAUGAAGAUGAGAGGCUCUUGAGGUUUGCUAUAAAACAAAGUUUAGUUGAAAGUGGCACUGAAAGAGAUCAAGUAACCCUAAUGGAAGCCCUUAAUCAAAGUAAACCCACUGAUGAACCCUCUGGAUUUUUAAUGGCAUCAGAUGAGGAACGAGCACUCCAAAGAGCAUUGGAGGAAAGUCUUAGUUUAGUAGGCGCACAAACAAAUGAUAUUGUUGAAGCUUCAUCAGUUCCAAAUGUUGAUGAUGAUCUGAUGUUGGCCAUUGACAUGUCGGUACGUGAACAAGAACAAAGAGAUGAACGUCGUCGAAAGGAAGAUGAAGAAUUGGAACAAGUGUUAAAACUCUCAAUGUUAGAAAAGUAA